UGCUGAGUAGAAUUACUCACCACUGACUAUAAUUUUUAAAUAUAGGAUUUUUAUUUUCACGAAGAACGGUCUAAUAAACAGGGUACAUUCCCUUUGUUAAAAUUAUACUUGUACGUAAAAAGAAAGAAAUCCCCGUUAAACAUUAUUUAAAUGAAAACAUCGCUGAACACCUCUAAGUUGUUCAGCCUCAGCCUUUGGAGCAAGUCUGUGUAAACACAUUUCAGAGGAACUUAGAGGUUUCAAGUCCCGUACCUUGACAGGGUCUCCACCGGGUGUUUAUUUGCAAAAAAUGAUGGAAAUUGGUCUGUUGAUGAUACUGAUGUCGGGGGCAGUGGCUGUCGCUGACCUGUUGGAUGCGGACGAGACCUUCUACCUGGACUCCAACCUGAGGAAGGCCUCCAGGAAUGGAGUUCUGGCCAACAGGACCGUCCGUGGUGGGGAACGAAGCUCCGUCUUCUCCGGCCUCAGCUACUGCCCCUCCAGUGUGUAUGGGCCACGAAAACAAGAGAGCAUCAUGGACGCACUCCCACGGACAUCCUCGUGCCCCUGGCAGUGGACGCUGAACUACGACAGUGACAGACAGCCGUCCACCCUCCUGACCGCUACCUGUUCUUGUCACGAUUGCCAGAACACUGCCUCAGGUUUCACCUGUUCGCCGGUCUUCUACUACCGGAGGGUGAAGUACAUCGGGUCCAAGCAGAAGUACGGGGAAAAACUCUUUCCCAUCAGUGUCGGGUGCACGUGCAACCGUUAUUCUGUCCUCGGCAGUGGCUCCGCUCCGUAACAGUUAAAGCGCUGGGAGAGGCAGAAACAACAUCCCGAGAAGUUGAACAAUCCUCUGGGAAAACUUAAGCCACGACUUGAACUCGACAAGAACUGAAAUAAGUCGAAAAAUUUAAUUGUUUGGAAAAAUUUGCUAUCUUCGUGCUUAGAGCCCUGCUAAAUAAUUAAAUAAUGUCUGCAUGGUGUUCAGUCUCUUCCGGUGUGGUUGACUUUGCUCCGCGCUUGUGUCACGCACCAGCACCGGAGUAUUUAAUGAUUGGGAAAGAUGCAAGGGUAUUUUAUAAACCAACAAAUGAAAAAUGAAUAAAGGAAAGGGGGGAAUUUAAGAGACAAAUUUAAACUCCUUCUUUAUAUUGAGAAGACGUUUUUCCGUUAAAUACAAAUUUCGUUUUGUGGUAGGAGGUAUCUGCGCAUGCGUGCUCUAAAGGCUUCUGUGGUUUUCUUCCUAUUCUCCUCCCCUUCCCCCACAACCAGCUUCCUUCAGAACAUGUAUAUUUUAUUCUGCUCUUUUCCUUUUUGUUUGAAUCCACCCUUUCAUAACCCAGUCCCGCGGACUUGAAGCCGCUGGUUCCUGUAGGACAAAGAUGUCUCAGUGUAGACCACAUUGGUCACUGACAGCAGAUCACCAUCUCCAUUUAUUAACUUCUCGUUUAUUAUUUUUAAGUUUGUGGCUCGACUACUUCUUAGUCUGAAAUAAAUUUAGAUUUUUUUGGACGUUCUUUAUGAGCUUCAUUUGCAUAAUCUCUCAACAUUUCACUUCCUGAUAGCGAUUAUUUUUAGUGGGGUGGGCGUGAGGGAGUACUUGCUCAACGCUGUGACUGCUUUUAUUUCAUGUCAGGUUUGCUAAG